GAACUCAGAAUGCGAGUAGCUUUAAACAUUGAUAGCCAAUCAAUAUGGAUUGAUAAAAAUAAAACGACUAAUAUAGUAUGAAUGGUUGUGAUUACUUUUUUUGGUAUGUAAGAAUAAUUUGCGUUUCAUUUCUUUAUAACUGAAAUUUAACCGAUUUAACUGAACAUGUCUUAUCCUACUCGAACUAUUAAGAACUUCCUUAAAAUAGGCCCCAAAGAAUAUUUGAGACAAUUAUUGUAUAUUGGAGACACUAAGGCUGGGAAACUUGUUGGAACAGAUAAGUAUGGAAAUAAAUAUUACGAAGAUAAAGAAGAAUUUUUCGGUCGAGAUCGAUGGGUAGAUUAUGCUGAACACUAUGGUGAUGCUAGCCAAAUUCCCUCUCAAUGGCAUGCCUGGAUGCAUAAGAUUGUGGAGCAUCCUCCCACUAUUGAUCCUCCGCCGAGCCCAAAGUUUCUUUCCCCUCAUACUGAAAAUGUUACAGGAACCCGUAAAGCUUUUAGAACAUAUAAUACAACAGCUCCUAAAAUUCUUGCUUGGGAACCAAAAGUUAAUCGCAGAGAAUAAUAUAAAUAUUUUUAAACCUCUUAUUUAUUUUAUUUCAUUAGUUUUUAUUUUAUUUUAUUUUUUUUGAUUUGAACAAAAUAGAUUAUUAUAAUGUUUUACAAACAAUAUAAUCAAGAAUUAUAAUCAACAUCUAAUGACCAUCUAAAAUUAGUAAGAAAUCAAUAAAAACUAUAAUUGCUUUGUGUUCUGAUAC